AGCAUGAAAGUUUCCGUAAGUCAUGGUCAUCAAGAUAGAAACCGAGAAUGGUAAAGUAGAAUUAAUGUUAAAUAAUUCUCACAUGUAAUGCCAAACAAACACUUUUCAAGUGACAUUGCUGUUUGCCCUUCAUCAGCUGCGAAAAAACAAGUUUCCACCGCACAAUCCAAAAUUGUACACAUGGUGGAAGUUUACAGUGGUAUGGUUCCAGCAGUAGGUCAAGCGACAAUCUUCUUGAAAUAGCUUGGUCAACCGACGGCUCCGCAUAUCUUCUUUACGCACUGGUGACCAUUUCAAUCCAACCGACCCGGCCCAAUCGGGGUGAGUACAAAAUGUAGCAAAAACAACUCGAGCAUAGCCUUUUUGAUCCAACACCUACUGGCUGAUUGUUCAUGUCUAUGAUCUGAGCAAUUUGGCGCACAGAUCGGUCAGUUAGAGUUGGGUUCCACGUCGGUUGCAGACGCACGAUGACCGGCCAAGAUCAGUACUUCAACCAUCGGGACGGACAGUACGUCCCCGCGACGGAAGAUUUGAUAGAAAGUAACCGAUAUUCUCGAAAUCCGCUGGACAUUUUCCUACGAGUGACAAAAGUGAUUCUAUUAUUCGUACCAACCUUAAUCCGUGAAGUGAUAACGUUCCUAGUGGGAGCGAAGAAAAAAUCCAUCAAAGGCCAAAUUGCGCUGGUCACGGGAGGUGGAAAUGGACUGGGAAGAUCGCUGUGUUUGCGACUGGCCAGGGAAGGCUGUUCGGUGGCUGUGGCCGAUAUCGAUUUCAUAGGUGCCGAGAAAACAGCCGAGGAAAUUCGCAGACUAGGUGUGAAAGCAGAAGCGUUCAAGGUGGAUGUUGGAGAGCAACAAUCAGUUGAACAACUCAAGGUUAACGUUGAAAGCAAGCUAGGCCCAGUUGAUAUUUUGGUCAACAAUGCGGGCUUGUUAGCGAUGCUGUCACUAUCGGAGGGUACAUCGGAAGAUGUACAACGCAUCAUCAAUGUCAACCUGACCUCUCAUUUUUGGACUAUUCGUGCUUUCAAAGAUGGAAUGAUGGAACGAAGACGUGGCCAUAUAGUGGCGGUGUCAUCGACUUUCGGUAUUGCGGCCUUUGGUCGUACAGUGUGUUACAGUGCGACGAAAUUCGGUGUUCGCGGUCUUAUGGAAGCACUGAACGAGGAGUUUUUCAUGAACGGCUAUGGCGAUGAAAUCUUUGCCACCUGUGUUUAUCCGUGUUUCGUUGCAACCAGGAAGGAGUUUUUAGUUUACCUUCAAAAACUUGGCUGUCGAGUCCCAAUUCAAACUCCCGAUGAAGUGGCCAAUUUGACAGUUGAAGGAAUGUUGAAAAACAGAUGCGAAAUUGUGGCAUCGCCUUGGUACAUGCAGGUGAUGCUAAAACUCUAUUCGCUUAUGCCAAACAGUGUGAAUCGCUUAGUAGUAGGUAUUUUCGUCGAUAAUUUGCCACAACUAACUGUUAGAAGCUGAGUGGAUAGCUUCAUAAGUGAUGAAUAUACCUAAAUUAACACAAACAAUUGUUUCUUUUGAACAACAAAACUACGUGUUAGAGCAGGGCCAUUAAAAACCAUAGCAACUUUGAAGAAAAAAAAACGCUGA